UUUUUUGGAGCCCUAACCAGCUACUUGUCAAAACGCCAUCCUAAAACCUUCUCCCAACUCUUAACAAAAACUUCAAUUCAAUUUUCUCUUCUCUUCCCAUGACACAAAUCUUUGUAUGGCUGCAACCCAUCUAGCUCUAUUCCAAAACCCUAUUUUUUCUACCUUCUCUUCACCAUCACAAACUAACAUCAAUUGUUUCUCCUUUUUCAAAUGGCCACGGAAGCUACCACUGCCGAAUUUCAAAACCCGGAUUUCCGACCCGAUUUCCGACCCGAUCUCCCUGUAACCUCCCACGAUGGCCUCCGCUACUGGCAAUUCAUGAUCGCCGGUUCAAUUGCCGGUUCGGUCGAACACAUGGCCAUGUUCCCGGUCGACACUGUCAAGACACAUAUGCAAGCCCUAAGGCCUUGUCCCAUCAAACCGGUCGGUCUGCGGCAAGCCAUUAAAUCAAUAAUAAAAAUCGAGGGUCCAUCGGCGCUCUACCGUGGCAUUGCCGCCAUGGGCCUCGGCGCCGGUCCGGCUCACGCCGUUUACUUCUCUGUCUACGAAAUUGCGAAAAAGUAUUUUUCCGCUGGGAACCCUAACAACUCGGCGGCCCAUGCGAUUUCUGGAGUGUUCGCGACUGUGGCGAGCGACGCCGUUUUUACGCCAAUGGAUAUGGUGAAACAGAGACUGCAGUUGGGUAAUAGUACUUAUAAAGGCGUUUGGGAUUGUGUUAAGAGAGUGUUGAGGGAGGAAGGUUUUGGCGCGUUUUACGCGUCGUAUAGGACUACGGUGUUGAUGAACGCGCCGUUUACUGCUGUGCAUUUCGCGACUUAUGAAGCCACGAAGAAGGGUUUAAAUGAGAUUUCUCCGGAGAGUGCAAGUGAUGAGCGUUUGGCGGUUCAUGCUACUGCUGGAGCUGCGGCUGGAGCGCUGGCGGCGGCUGUUACGACGCCGCUUGACGUUGUCAAAACUCAAUUACAGUGUCAGGGUGUAUGCGGAUGCGACAGAUUUCAGAACAGUUCAAUCAGUGAUGUUAUUCAAACAAUAGUGAAAAAGGAUGGAUACAGAGGGCUGAUGAGAGGAUGGAUUCCGAGAAUGCUUUUCCAUGCUCCUGCUGCUGCAAUCUGUUGGUCCACAUAUGAAGCCUGUAAAACCUUUUUCCAGGAACAUAAUGAUAGUAGUAGCAGCAGCAUUAUCACCUAAAUUUCCUCGAACAAUAAUCACAAAUAUAAUGUUGAAGUUGUAACAAAAUAUCCAUGUAUAAGCAAAGAAUGAGAGCUUCACACGAGGAAUGAAUAAGCAAAGACUAAGAUGCGUCUUGCAGAUUUCAACAUGGUUAUUUAAUCAGCGGCAGGAACCUGAGUUGAUUUUUCAGACCAUAAUUUCUUAUAGUUGUACACAUUGUUGUUACCUUUGCCUGAGAAAUGUCUGAGAUUUUCUUUUCUAGAUAGCUUUAUUUAUUUAUUUAUUUUUUUUUGUUUUUCAUGAAACCCCUUUUGAGUCAUUCUGUGCAAUGAUUUUUGAUUUUGGGUUAGUGGACGGUGUAGGUUUAAAAAGGCAACAGAAACUUUUGAUUCGUUGCUGCGGAUAUUGAUAUUUAAAGAGAAGGCAUUAUUCGUUCUGGAUAUUGAUAUUUAAGGAGAAGGGAAUCGUGGGUGUUGUCACCAAAUUGUUGGUAACUGUUGGCUUGUAAUCUAUUAGAUGCCAGAUUAAUAUAAUGUUAUUAUUAAUUACUUUGAACUGAUUCUAUGCGUAGAUUAUAUGUAAUGGAAUUUCCUUUUACUGAUUAAUAAUAUCAUUUUUUUUAUCUUAA